AUGGCCGUUAGACAACGGUCGUCGGGUGACGCAGCUGGCGGUGGGCGAACCCAGUCUGGUUGUCGGGUUAACGCCAGAGACGGAGGGGACGGAUAAAAAAGGAAACAAGGCCUUGGUUUCGCCUACAGCGAACUUGCCUGUGCAGCUGUUUCCCUCGAAACUCCGGGGCCGCCCUUGGGGCCAGAGCUCUGAGGUGUUUCGCGGGGCCUUCGGGAAAGAAAGAGCUUUCGGUUGGGGCCAUAACAACCACGCUUACUUGCUGGGCUCGCUCAGCAACCGAGACCCGCCAGUCAAAACAAAAAAACAAAAAGGAGCAAACAUGAGGCGGACAGCAAUAGUCGAGGCGCUAAAAAAAAUUCGUCCAUCCUCUCCAUUAGGAUCAUGUGGAUCGCUCUCACCAUGCUCUCCAGGUAUUCACGACACCCCUCAUCUACUUCCUGCUCUUCAUUAUUCCAAACUUCCAAGAGCAUAUGUCAGGAAGUUGGCAUAGGCAGACAGCAAAUAUGGAGCCUCCGGAGAGGCAAGGAUGGAACAAAAUGCACCAGUGUGGUUCCACAUAACAUGCUACAUUCCUCCUCUAUGAGCUUCAAAAUAAACAAUAAACAUAACCAUACAAAAAACUUUCCAGUAUUAGAUGGAAGCAUCCCUUCCCUGUAUAGACACGUAGUUGAAGGCAAUGCAAGAAACAGUGAGAUCUGCAUUCAAAGGUAUUCAGAGUUGCUUGUGAAGGUCAGUAAAGGAGGAGGAAAAGAUGCAAUAUUGCGCCACACUCAGAAGAACAAAAAGUUGCUUGUUCGUGAACGCUUAAAGAUGCUUCUUGAUGAUGAAAGUUUCCUUGAGCUCUCCCCUUUUGCAGGCCUUGAUAUGCCUUAUGGUGAUGUUCCUGCAGCAGGAUGUCUCACUGGUAUUGGAAAAAUCUGUGGAGUCUGGUGUGUCUUCAUGGCAAAUGAUGCAACUGUGAAAGGAGGGACCAUUUAUCCUAUUUCAGUGAAGAAACAACUGAGAGCUCAAGAAAUAGCAAUUAAAAAUAGACUUCCGUCUGUUUACCUUGUGGACAGUGGGGGAGCAUUCUUGCCACUUCAGGCAGAGUUGUUUCCUGACCAAUUCCAUGGAGGCCGAGUUUUCUACAAUGAGGCUGUGAUGUCUGCAUUGAAAAUCCCUCAGGUGGCAGUUGUGUGUGGUUCUUGUACUGCAGGAGGUGCUUAUGUUCCUACCAUGGCAGAGGAAACAGCUAUUGUAGAUAAAAUUGGCACAAUGUUUCUCGCUGGGCCCCCUUUAGUUAAAGCUGCCACAGGAGAAGAUAUUCACCCCGAGGCACUGGGAGGAGCCAACCUGCAUGCUAAGGUCAGUGGCUGUGUUGACCAUUUUGCAUCUUCAGAAAAAGAAGCAUAUGAAUGUGUUAGAAAUAUUAUUUCAACACUCAAUUAUGAAAUACCUACAGAAGAAACUGUAGAGUAUGACAGUCCCUUGUACAGUGCUGAUGAGCUUCUGGGGCUUGCACCACAAGAUUAUAGCUACACUCUACAUAUAAAAUUGAUCCUGAGUCGGAUGAUAGAUGGCAGCAGGUUCCAGGAAUUCAAAGCUAAUUAUGGAACUACCUUAGUAGCAGGAUUUUCCUACGUAGAAGGACAGCUAGUUGGAAUAGUGGCUAACAACGGUGAGCUGACUCAUGAAGCUUCUCUGAAGGGUUCCCACUUCAUACAGCUUUGUAGCCAACGAAACAUUCCAAUCCUUUUUCUCCUGAAUACAGCUCCAUGUGCAGCAGAGCCAACCAGUCUCACACAGGCAGAGGAUCACACUAAUAGGCUGAAAGCACAAGCAUCCAUGAUGGCUGCAGUUGCUUGUGCUGCUGUUCCCAAGAUAACCCUUGUGAUUGGUGGCUGCUAUGGAAAUGAAAGCUAUGCUAUGUGUGGAAGAUCAUUUGAUCCAAACUUCCUGUUCCUCUGGCCCAAUGCAAGAAUAGGCCUUGUGGAUUCAAGACAUUGCCACACGCUCUCAUUUAUUUGGGAUGCUGAUCGACAAGGAGCAGAAGUAGACUUAAAACUAUUAAAGGAAAAACUAGAGGAAGAAAGCAGUGCAUUCUACUCUUCUGCCAGACUCUGGGAUGAUGGUGUAAUCCUACCGCAGAGUUCAAGGAAGGUUAUUGCACAAUGCUUAAGAAUUAUGAAACAGCAGAAAUACCAGAUCAUGUCCCCGCAACAGUCUCCUCUUCCUGUCAUAAGAAUGUAAGCAGGAAAGCCUGCUGGUAAAAAAAUGAAUUUGAACAUCUGGCUCCCUGGAUGUUAAAUAGAAACAAUUAGUAUUUUAAUAUUGUCAUCAUGAUUUCUUAGUAUGAAAAUGUUUGAUUUCUAUAUAUGUUUAUAUAUGAGUCUUCAAUCAUGCUUCUAUUACUGUUCACAUCCAAUGAUAGGAUACUUUAAAUUGAUGUCUUUUGUGCUGAAUAUAACCAAACAAGUAUUAUGGAAAUAAUUUAUUAGCUGAUAUACCAAGGUUUAAGGUGUGUCAAGUUAAUAAUUUAAAACAAAACUUAAAUAAUACAGAAAACAGAUUUAACAGCACCAGAAACACCAGAAUAUACUAACCAGCCAAGCCAAAAGCUACUGUUUUACUGUUUUGUUUUUAAUUAUUUACUUGUUUUUAUCCUGUAUUCUGUCAGCCACCCUGAGAUCCUAUGAGGAAGGCUGGUGUAUAAACCUAAUAAAUUAAAUAAUUCUUUGCCACCACUUCCAAAAAAACCAAAACGAAGGGGAGCCAACUGAUGUAAACACCUUAUUUUUAUCUCUGGCAGUUUUUACCUCCCACAGAGUUGGCCCCUGAAAUUUGACUAUAUUAGGUGGUUGAAGCUGCAGGACGGUGCACAGAGGUGUGUCUUCUAAGUUAUGAGGCUCUGAUUGUAAAGAGCUUUUCAUGAACAUUCACAAUUUUAAUGCAGUUUUUACCUCUGUCUUGAAGACUCUUCAGGUUGGUGCAAUAAAGACUUUUGGAUUAAUUCUUUCUGGAUGUAAGAUCAUGAAUGUGUCAUUUUUCCUCAGAAGUGGGGAAAAAGUUAAGAGAUUUAUUGUAAUUAUUUUUUUAACUUGUUCAUAAUUGUUAAAAAGUAUUAGAAUUCAAGACUAUAUUAAAGGAUGCAUUCUCACUUUGUUUCUGAAAAUAUAUUUGCUAAGUGACUAACAGUUACAAAGUCCAUAAUUAAGUUUUUUUUUGUGUUAAAUUGACUUGAGUCUCUUUACCCCCACCCACCUACACAAUCAUCCAUUUGCUUUAAAAGUUUGUGUGUCAGGCUACCGACUCAUGAAAGUCUAUUUUGCAAUUGACAAUGCUUCUUUUCAGUUAAAUUUAUUUGUUGAAUGAAAAAUACCAAAUGCUGACAGUUUCAUAUACCAUUUGUUUCUCUACAGUACAUGAGGAUCAUAAAAGUAUUCUUGAAUUCUG